AUGGCCGACGCCGACGCCGGCUCCCGCAAAGAGGCCCAGCCCUACGCCCUGAGACGACGCACCACCGUGGUCUGGCAUCGUCUCUUCCGCUCCCUACUCUACCUGCUCGCCUGGAUCUUCCUCGUCCUCGUCGAGAUCGGCAAUGUCGCCAACAAGCCCGUCCUCCGCGACACCUACUUCCUCAAACUCGACCUCUCCAACAUCAUCCCGCUGUCCGUGCCCAAUGCCGUCUUUAUCAACAGUAUUGCCCGCAGUAUCGGUCUGCACGACUUCUACCAGGUUGGCCUGUGGAACUUUUGCGAGGGCUACGACAACACCGGCAUCACCAGUUGCUCCAAGCCCGAGACCUUGUACUGGUUCGAUCCUGUCCGCAUUCUGGUGAACGAGCUGCUCUCUGGCGCGACGAUUGCUCUGCCCAUGGAGAUCACCAGGGCGCUUGCUAUCGCCCGGAUCGCCUCACACUGGAUGUUCGGCCUGUUCCUCAUCGGCGCCAUCUUGUCCUUCCUGGCCAUCUUCAUCACCCCCCUGGCCGUGUCGUCCCGUCCUCCGCAGUCCAUCUCGCCCGAUCCGCAUGUGAACGAGGCUGUUCGCCCGCACCAUCGCGUGACCUUUGUCCUGUUCCGUUCCUUCCCUAUGGUCAUCUUCACCUUUCUCACCGCGCUGACCACCAUCGUGGCCUCGGUCGUGGCGACGGUCAUGUUCACCAUCUUCCGUAACGUCUUCACGGGCAACCAGGUCAACCUGAACAUCAAGGCCAACCUGGGCACCCGCAUGCUGGCCUUCAUGUGGAUCGCCUCGGGCUUGACCUUCAUCGGGUUCCUCGUGCAGGUGGCCUCGUGCUGCUGCGCCUGCUGCGGGGGUCGCAAGGCCCGGCGCGAGCUCCGGCACAAGACCAACCUGGACGAGAAGCACCACGGUCCCAACAGCGGCGACGGUUUGACCGUCAAGCGGCGGCGAUUGGGCUGGCGGAGUAACCGGGUUGAUGUGUAG